AUGGCGCGUGAAAGAAAUAACAAGCGAUCAGCAGACGCACAGGAUGAAGACGGUGGGGCAAACGCUGAGGAUUACAACAGCAUGCAGUACUUACAGUUUGAUCAAAAUAGAAAUGAGAGGUUGCGAGUUCGUCAUGACUACAGGGUCCUUAUCGAAGACAUUCAAAAAAACACACAUGAUAUGAUAAACCCAGAGUCAAAAAGAUUACAGGAAGUUUUGGAUGAGGCCAAUUCUCUUAAUAAAGAAGUGCGAAUGCCCAGAGAGGGAGCAUUAGACUCCCAAGCUGUCCUCCUCAUAUCUAACCUGAGUCGGCAAAGAGCUGAAGCCUUACAUACAGACUUUGUGAAAUUUGAGCCAGUGGAAUUUGCUGAAAAGUUGAUAACCUUCGUAGACAGUGGAGCUGACAGACAUAUGACACCACAGAACUGGGUGAUGCUAGGAUCAGCAGUACAGAAAUUUUUUAAGAAGUCGCCAGCCUUUCACUUCAUGGGAGGAUCUUUUGAACGAUUAGCAGUGCCUAAAACAGACAACAAACGAGCCCCAAAGUUGAAGGAGAAAGACAACUUACAGGAAAAGGCAACAGUUCCCAAACAGUUGAACAAUUUUGGAGAAGGGGGAAAGAAUGAGGGCACAACACAAGAGGUGGAGAGGUUGUUUGGCCUUCUGAAGAAGUACUACAGAGACACCAACAACCAGCCAAUUUGCUAUUUUGAGUUUGUGCUGAACCCCGAUUCCUUUGGCCAGACUGUUGAAAAUAUAUUUUAUGCUUCUUUUCUUGUUAGGGAUGGCCAUGCUCGUAUUUACCUCGACGAUGAUCAUCUCCCCUUGAUAGAGCCAAUCAGUGAUGAGGAGAGAAAUGUGGAAGUAUUUGAGAAGAUGUCCAAACACCAAGCUAUCGUGUCCAUUACACCAGCAGAAUGGAAGGAACUCAUUGAGGUAUUUAAGAUAGAGAUUCCUCUGAUCCCAACAAGAGACAACACAACUGCAACCAAUUCGGUGUCAGUGAUGAGGGAGUCAACCUCCAGUAACACUGGCACCACAUCCCAGGGGAGCAUUCAUGGAAACAGAUGAGGUGAACUGAUCAAGUUAUUUGACUUGAUGGAGGGUACUGGUGAUUCUACUGGACCUGGAGUACUGGUGAUUCUACUGGACCUGGAGUACUGGUGAUUCUACUGGGCCUGGAGUAAUGGUGAUUCUACUGGACCUGGAGUACUGGUGAUUCUACUGGACCUGGAGUACUGGUGAUUCUACUGGACCUGGAGUACUGGUGAUUCUACUGGACGUGGAGUACUGGUGAAUCUACUGGACCUGGUGUACUGGUGAUUCUACUGGGCCUGGAUAUGUUACAGCGAUCUGUAUGGUGAUAUGUUACAGUGACCUGUAUGGUGACAUCUUAAAGUGGCCUGUAUGGUGAUAUGUUACAGUGACCUGUAUGGUGACAUCUUAAAGUGGCCUGUAUGGUGAUAUGUUACAGUGACCUGUAUGGUGACAUCUUAAAGUGGCCUGUAUGGUGAUAUGUUACAAUGACCAGUAUGGUGACAUCUUAAAGUGGCCUGUAUGGUGAUAUGUUACAAUGACCAGUAUGGUGACAUCUUAAAGUGGCCUGUAUGGUGAUAUGUUACAAUGACGAGUAUGGUGACAUCUUAAAGUGGCCGGUAUGGUGAUAUGUUACAAUGACCAGUAUGGUGACAUCUUAAAGUGGCCUGUAUGGUGAUAUGUUACAAUGACCAGUAUGGUGACAUCUUCAAGUGGCCUGUAUGGUGAUAUGUUACAGUGACCAGUAUGGUGACAUCUUCAAGUGGCCUGUAUGGUGAUAUGUUACAAUGACCAGUAUGGUGACAUUAAGUGGCCUGUAUGAAGACAUGUUGCAGCAACCUGUAUGGAGACAUGUCAUAGUGACCUUUAUGUUGACAUGUAAAAGUGACCUGUAUGGUGACAUGUAUCUGUAUGGCAACAUACUGUAUAGUUUGUUAAUUAAAUACCAAUGUUUCUUCUGAUAUGAAUAAUGUAAGAGACUAGUAUU